AUGAGUAAAAAGAAAAUUGAAGACCCACCUAAACUGAACAACAAAGAAGCCUCAAUAAAUCCAUCAAGAAUGAAUAAUGUUAACAAAAUAGAAGACGUAGAUUAUUGCUGUAUUGGGAUUAGAACUGAAAAAGAUAAAAAAGAUGGUAAAAACAAUGAUGAAGCUGUAAAAGAGGAUGACUACAUUAAUAAUAAGAGAAUGAUUGUCGAUGAAAAAAAAGAUGAAAAUAACAAAGAGAAGAAUAAUGAACCUGAAAGUCUUCUGGAAAGAGAAACUUUAUGCCGUGCAUGUGAAGAAUAG